AAAGAUACACCCAUAAAUCUCGUCUAAACAAACAAACACCAUAUUUAGUCUUCCUAUUAGCUAAUAUGCUCUUUGGCUAGCUUACUUGAGAGACUGAAAGUAACACUGCAUACCAAAGAGAAAACCAAACACCAUAUUUAUUCUCCUGUUAGCUAAUAUGCUGUUUGGCUAGACCAAAGUCAAGGAAAACAAAUCAAUGGAAGUCAGUGGCGGUUGGUGGUGGCUCAGCCUUUGCCUCAGUCUCAUCCUUAUCCCUCUCUUCCUUCUCAAAUUCAUUUUCAAAAGAAGCCCAACACUCCCUCCGGGACCCUUCGCCAUUCCCUUAAUCGUCAACAUCAUAUUCCUCAGCAAAUCAAUCUCCGACCUCGAGCCCAUCCUCCGCAACCUUCACGCCAAGUACGGCCCCGUUGUCUCUCUCCGCAUCGGCACCCGCCGCUCCGUCUUCAUCGCCGACCGUGUCCUCGCUCACCAAGCCCUCAUCCACAACGGCGCCGUAUUCGCCGACCGCCCUGCCGCUCUCCCAACUGCUAAAAUCUUCAACAGCAACCAGCAUAACAUCAGCUCCGCCAGGUACGGCCCAACCUGGCGCCUCCUCCGCCGCAACAUCACUUCCGAGAUCCUCCACCCUUCGCGGGUCAAGUCCUAUUCCCGCGCUCGCAAAUGGGUUCUCGAUGUUCUCCUCAAACGCCUGGAAUCCGAUGCUCAAAGCGCUUCCGUUGGUGUCCGCGUAAUGGAUCACUUCCAGUACGCCAUGUUUUGCCUCCUGGUCUUGAUGUGCUUCGGUGACAAGCUUGACGAGUCAAAGAUCAAAGAAAUCGAGACCUUCCAACGUCGCAUGAUGCUGGCCUUCUCACGCUUCAACAUACUCAAUUUCUGGCCCAGUUUGACCAAAAUUCUAUUCAGAAAGCAGUGGCAGCAGUUGUUGCAGCUCCGCGAUGACCAACGUGAGGUUCUGGCGCCCCUCAUCAAUUCCCGGAAGAAAGUCGAGGAAACCAAGGUUUCUACCUGUGAUGAUGAUGAUGAUUUUGUGCUUUGCUAUGUGGAUACUUUACUUGGUCUGGAGCUACCAGAGGAGAAGAGGAAACUUGAUAUAGGGGAACUGGUGAGCUUGAGCUCCGAGUUUCUGAACGCUGGCACUGACACCACCUCCACGGCGCUGCAGUGGAUCAUGGCCAAUAUAGUGAAACAUCCCCAGAUUCAGGGGAAGAUUUAUGAGGAAAUAAAAGGAGUGGUCGGAAAUGAUGAUGGAAGAAGAGUGGAGAUUGAAGAGGAGGAUUUGCAGAAGAUGCCUUAUUUGAAAGCUGUGAUAUUAGAAGGGCUGAGGCGCCACCCGCCGGCGCACUUUGUGGUGCCACACGCAGUGAGUGAGGAUGCUGUGGUGGGCGGACAUGUGGUGCCGAAGCAGACAAGGGUCAACUUCAUGGUGGCGGAGAUGGGAUGGGACCCCAAGGUGUGGGAGGAUCCCAUGGCGUUCAAGCCAGAGAGGUUUCUGGUUGGUGAUGAUAGUAAGGUGGAGUUUGAUUUAACUGGGAAUAGGGAGAUAAAGAUGAUGCCUUUUGGGGCGGGAAGGAGAAUAUGCCCUGGUUCUGGUCUGGCCAUGCUUCAUUUGGAGUAUUUUGUGGCCAAUUUGGUUUGGAAGUUUGAGUGGAAUAAGGUUGAUGAAGUUGAUUUGUCUGAGGUACAGGAGUUCACCAUCGUCAUGAAACAUCCUUUGCAUGCGCGUUUGACUCCGAGGCACUAGACUAUAUAUAGCUUGUUAACUAUCUAUAUAUCUAGGACUACCUAGUACUUAAACGAGGAUAGACGUUCGUUACAUACAUAUGUACUUGGUUUAAUUGUGUCUCAAGUCAAGAAAGACUAAAGCUUUAUCAUACAAUAAAUACAGAAGCCUCCAACAAGAUAUGAAUGAAUGAUUUGGUGACUCUUCUCAAGAGAAGUUUGGUUAGUUUUGAAGUUUUAGAGAUGGGAUAUUGGGGUCCAAACAAAAUUAGCUGUUUCUUAAAACUAUGUGUGGAAACUCAACAAGAUUAGAGUUUUAUCCUGAUUCACUAUUAUAUUUAUGAACCAACUCUGUCGGUCAACUCUGGUCUGGCCAUGCUUCAUUUGGAGUAUUUUGUAGCCUAUUUGUUUGAGUGGAAUAAGGUUGAUGAAGUAAGUUGAUUUGUCUGGGGUACAGGAGUUCAUUGUCGUCACGAAGCAUCCUUGGCAUGCGUGGUUGACUCCGAGGCAUUAGACCAGAGACCUUGUUAUCGAUCUAUUUAUCUAUCCUAGGACUGCUUAGUACUCAAACUUUGCAACAUUCAUAUCUGCUGUGUUGUGUCCAGUUGGUGCAAUUAAGAUAUUCUUAGGCCUUA